CAGGCAGAGGCCACGCCGGCCUCCUCUCCCAUAAUCCCCGUCAUCCCCGUGUCUCCAAUCGCAGCCGAGACCACCGUCAUCCCUCCGACGUCACAGGCCAACUCCCCCCCUGUGGUGGUCAACACGGACAGCCUGGACACGCCCCCUUACGUGAACGGGACGGAGGCCGACUACGAGUACGAGGAGAUCACGCUAGAGAGGGGCAACUCGGGACUCGGCUUCAGCAUCGCGGGCGGCACGGACAACCCCCACAUCGGGGAGGACCCCAGCAUCUUCAUCACCAAAGUCAUCGGGGGAGGAGCCGCCGCCCAGGACGGCCGGCUCAGGGUCAACGACGUCAUCCUGAGGGUCAACGACGCCGACGUCCAGGACGUGACCCACAGCCGAGCCGUGGAGGCCCUGAAGGAGGCGGGCUCUCUGGUCCGACUCUACGUCCGCCGGAGGAAAUCCGUCUCCGAGAAGGUGAUGGAGAUCAAACUGGUGAAAGGACCCAAAGGUCUCGGCUUCAGUAUAGCAGGUGGAGUCGGGAACCAGCACAUCCCGGGCGAUAGCAGCAUCUACGUCACCAAGAUCAUCGAGGGAGGGGCUGCACACAAAGACGGGAGGCUGCAGAUCGGAGACAAGCUGCUGGCUGUGAACAGCGCCUGCCUGGAGGACGUGAGCCACGAACACGCCGUCACUGCCUUGAAAAACACCCCCGACGUGGUCUACUUGAAAGUGGCAAAACCCAACAGUGUCUUUGUGAACGACAGCUUCGCCCCCCCCGACCUCACCAACUCAUUCUCCCAGCACACGGAGAACCAUAUCAGCCCCCCCAACCUCCUGGGUCAGCCCCUCCCCCUGCCGGCGUCCUCGGGCCGCUUCUCUCCGACCCCCAAGAGCAUGCUGGGAGAUGACGACGUCACCCGCAGGGAGCCCAGGAAGGUGGUGCUGCACAGAGGAGCGACCGGGUUGGGCUUCAACAUCGUGGGCGGCGAGGACGGAGAGGGGAUCUUCAUCUCCUUCAUCCUCGCUGGAGGACCUGCUGACCUCUGUGGAGAGCUGAGGAAAGGAGACCGGCUGGUGUCUGUGAACGGCGUCGACCUCCGUAACGCCACGCACGAGCAGGCGGCCGCCGCCCUGAAGAACGCCGGGCAGACGGUGACCAUCAUCGCCCACUACAGGCCGCAGGAGUACAGUCGCUUCGAGGCGAAGAUCCACGACCUGAGGGAGCAGAUGAUGAACAGCAGCAUCAGCUCCGGUUCUGGAUCUCUGAGGACCAGUCAGAAGAGGUCGCUGUACGUCAGGUGAGCCGCCGCGUGGACACGAGAGCCCCACUUGUUCUGAUUGAGCAGCGGUGCCACUCGUUUAUGUGUGAAUGUGUGAACGGUGACUAAAGACCAAAAACCGGCCCCCAUCGCAGUGACAAUGUGCUCAGACCAACACUCCACCUGCUGACGUAGACGGGUGAAGCCGCAUGUCUCCGAUAAGCGUCUUCAUCGAGACGUUGCUGUUUGGUUCAUCAUUUCUAAACAGGGUUGUCCUACAUUCGUGUUUUGGCAUCUUAAUGGACCAAAGCGUAACGGGCCGAGGACACAGGACACAGGACGCACGACGCACGACGCACGACACACGCCGUGCUGCUGGUCAUGACGUCAUGUGAUCACAUGGUCUCUCACAUCAAAGGCAGCUCUAGUCGAGCAAUGUGGGAACGAGCUUUUCAUCAAGCUGACUCUCGUUAUUCCAGUGCUGCUGUUUGUUGUGAUGAUGGU